AUGUGUCUUCUCUCUCACUGCAGCUACAACCCCUCAGGAUUCAUAGUCUACCUCGGUCGCCAGAGUCAAGAGGGCAGCAACCCCAACAAGGUUUCCAGAACCAUUUCUCAGAUUAUCAUGCAUCCCGGUUACAAUAGCGACACCUUAGACAACGACAUCGUUCUCCUCCGCCUCUCAUCCCCGGUCGACUUUAACGAUUACAUCCGGCCCGUCUGUCUGGCUGCAUCUGGUAGCACCUUCAGCCCCGGGGCCAAUGUCUGGUUCACGGGCUGGGGCAACAUCGAGGAAGGAGGUUUAGAGUUCCUGCCUCCGGUGGUGUGGCAGGAAGCAGAGAUUCCCGUGCUAGAGCAGAGCACAUGCGGCAACAUCUACUACUGUACCGAGAUCACAGACAACAUGCUUUGUGCAGGACAGGAGGGCAAGGGUACACGUGAGGGUGGAGUGGUGAGCUUUGGUGAUGUUUCAAGUUAUGCUCUGUACCCUGAUGUCUACGCACGCGUGUCGCGAUACCAGAGCUGGAUCACAUCACACAUCACUACGGAUACGCCCGGAUUCAUCACCGUCACCACCGGCAACGACCAGACUACCUAG